CGGGCUCAAUGUUAAGUUUCAGACUUAAUCCCUUGUUAUCUUAAGUAAAUUACUUCCAAGUCAUUAAUGUACAUGGAGGGCGCAGUUGAUAUAUCUUUUGGGUUCACGAUUUAUACCAAACGGUUUCUACAAUGUUUUCCUGCGCACAGCAAUAUGCUGCAUCUCACUUAUAAUUAGAAUUGUCAUAAACGAAAAUACCUGUUGACUGCAGACACAUGAGACACGUUUCUACAAUUUCCCCACUCAAAAACGACAGUAGAUUUCACAUCUUAUUAGCAUUUGUCAUAAACUAAAACACAUGUCGACCGACGUGUUUUUGGCUUGAAUUCCGCGACACGCUGUACAACUGCGCCAAACGUUGAAAGCAGCGCAACUGUUUCGCGCAUUCAUUGAGACAUUCAGGGAUCAACCAAGCAGAGAAUGUUGUUGACUAUAACUGUAUGCCUCAACUUCUACAAUUCUGAACCACUUGUCUAAUCGUAACUUGUUUUUGUGACAUUAGCCAGCUCUCAGGAACAGCGAGGGCACACACACGGUCUGACAAAGAAGGUGGAUCUGGCAGCUAAAAAAAGAGCACCAAUACCACUAAUAACCUUACGGCGCCAGAAGUGAAAUCAUUAUAGUGGACGUCCCGAUUCUAAACCAAUUUUCACUGAAUGUUUGUAAAACCUGAUCGUCAUAAAAAAAUAAACAUUGGCAAACAUUCUCAGCCAUUUGCCUGCUGAACCUGAGAACGGAACUGCACGACUUGUACGGGAUAUAGCACACUGAAGAUUCCAGCAGGGAUCGACAGGCAAGGAGUUACAAUCUAAAGGCAGCUCUCUAUCAGAUUUGAAAUUACUUCAGGUAGCAAACGAGUGCCUCCAGGGAACGCUCAUCACACGCUCAUUAUCACAAGUUCCAGGGAGGAACAGUAGGCCAUCCAAGAGCUUGCCUGCCUGCCUGCCUCUUUUGCAACCAAUGCGAUAACCUUGCACCCUGUGGGUCUUGGGUUGGUGUUCAUCACAGCCGCCAUGAGCCGCAGAGCCAGUCUCUACGCGAAACAACACCCGGGGAAACCCAGGGUACGUUUUCCGGACGAGAUCGUCUUUGAUGAUAAUCUGAAAGAAAAUGACUUAGAGGCAGUGCAUACCAUGCUGAGGCGAGCCAGUCUGCAGAUGGAUAUCAACUCCAUCAAUACCGCAGGCCUGACUCCAUUACACACAGCUGUAUUAGAUGGUAAUUUUGCUGCAGUCCGCCUGCUGAUCAGACAUGGAGCGGAUAUCAACAAGCAAGACGAAGACACGUGGACAGCCUUGCACGCCGCCUGCUCUGAAGGACACGUUGAUAUCGCAAGGUAUUUACUGAAAAGAGGCGCCGACCCAUUGAUCAGAACUGACGAGGGGGAACGGCCUCUCGAUCUAGUGGACGCUAGUGAUUUUGCUAUGAUCAAAGUAAUGUUAGAAGCUACAAAUAAAGCCAAGAAGGACAAAGGAAUCGAUGAUGAUGAUGAUGAUGAUGACGACGAUGAAAAUGAUGGUGAAAAUGAUCAAUGCUGUGCUGAUGAUGGAGAGAAUGCUGACGGAGGUUACGAGGAUGAGGAUGAGGAUGAAUCUGACGAGGAAGAGGAUUACGAUGAAGAAACGGACAAAAGUCGAUUUUUAGCUUAUAGGUCGAGGCACAGCGUACCCAAAGAACCACAAGAUGACGAUGGCUAAAAAAAAAUACAUAGAUAAAUCGUAUUCAAAUGACAAAUGUAGCACAAAUUGGAAACAAAUGACAAAAGGAAGUAUUCUCAAAGGUUCAUACAUGAAGCUUACGAUUAUUCUUAAUUCCAGCAAUAAGCUUCGUGGUUUCGUGGAAACCUGACUAAAGGCGACGGGUCGUGGCUAUUUGAGACUCAUUACACGCUGAAAGAUAAGUUGACAAUGACACUAGUCUUUUUACAGUACACGAAGACAUUUCUUACAAAAAAAAAAAAAAAAAAAAAAAAAAAAAAAAA